AUGAAUGGUUCCAACCAGUCAAGACCUCAAGAUCCAAUUCGAAAGCGACUCGAGGCUGCCAUCCCUAAAAUCGAGGAAGUGAGAGAUGUUUGCGAGGCCCCGUCGGUGUCCUUUGGUGUCUCAUAUGGGCCCAAAACCGCCUUCACCCACAGCAUUGGUUUGCGCGACGUGGAAACCGGACAACUUGCUAAUGAACAUACAUCCUAUCACAUCGGCUCGUGUGCAAAGAUCUUUACUUCGGCUGCGAUAGGGAUACUGGUUGAUGAAGGCAAGAUAUCAUGGCAGGACCCAGUCAAGAAACACCUCGAUGACUUCGACCCUGUGGAAGAUCGCGAAAUCGGAAAGAAAGCCACCAUCAGAGAUGUCUGCAGACAUUCCACCGGACUUGCCAAUCCCAACGCGGUCUUUAUGGCUCCCCAUGGCGCUCCAGGUAUCAAGUCAGAGGAUUAUAUGAAGAUGAUCAACGCCCUUCCGACAGCGAACGAGCACGGGCAACGAUUCAAUAGCUGGUGGUACUACAGUAACGCGGCAUACGGUCUGCUCGGUUUGGUUGUGAAAGCUGCUGCUAAGGUGGGCUUUGCUACGUUCCUUCGAACCCGUAUAUGCAAUCCCCUCGGCCUGAAAGAUACCCUUCUCUCCGAGCAUGACGUGACAAAUAACAGUAAUCUCGCUCAUCCAUAUGUCAAGAGAGAUGGUGAAUGGCACAAAAUAAAUAAUGGUCUCACCUCUGAAGGGCACAACCAUACUCUUCCAUUUCUUGGCAUACGCUCUUCCGUGAGUGACAUGUUGCUGUUUGGAGGUGCCGUGAUGCAUCGCUACGAAAAGGAGCAGGAGAGCCAAUCUGAGAAGAACGAAGCGCCUCAAUCAGCUGUCUCUUGGUCCGAAAGGCUCUGGGGUUUUGGUCAGGCUUUGGGAUUGAUUGCCGGAUCUAAAGAGAAUCCUCUGAGACAGAUUUCCUACAUCUGGAAGUCCCAUUGGACUCGGCCUUGUGACGAUGGCUUCGAUAAUAAGACAGCCUACAUGCUCGGUUGGCUUCGCACCACCAUGCCAACAGCUGCUCUACCGCUUCUCUCGUAUAACUCCUAUCCGACAAAAAAGGAGUACAUCAUCGGAAGAGAAUCCCCGCCUCAAGUGUUAUACGGCCACUCUGGGUGCACCAAUGGCUCUGUCGCCACCAUGUACGUGAUACCGCACUCUGGAUUUACGGUGGUCGCCUUGAGCAAUGCAGCAGAUGCUGGUGACGCAUCAAACAGCACCGUUCAGAUCCUACUGCAAGCUAUUUACGACCUGGGACCUAAGGUCGAUCUCAUCCUCUCGCUCAAAGACUCCAGAAGAGUGAAACUGCAGCAACACGAAGACAUGAUCCGUGAUUGGAAGAGGCACAGAGAUGUCGGAAAAUACAAUUGCCAUGCUGAGGAACUUGUUGGAACUUACUAUGGCCUGGGGGCGUCUAUCAUCGAUAUCAAGGAGAGCAACAAAUCCGACUCAGGCCUAGCUGUUGUCUUUGGCCGCCAAGACGCGUCCACAUGCCAACUGGAUAAAUUCAAUCGAGACUCGCUUAGUUUUCUUCCUAUGGAUCACAAGGAGAUUCUAGAAAGGGCUAUGAUUGAUUGGGAUUACUGGACUGUUGGCGUUUUUCGAUUUGUGAGGGAGGACGAAACUCAACCGAACAGCCCGAUCGUGGGGCUAAGAUGGAAAUGGGACCAGUAUGAGGAUUCAACCCUCUGGGUUAAGCAGAAUGACAAAACUGAGAUGACUGACGACCAGUAUGACGCCGUCGCUAAGAAGCAUGGGAAGUUUUUGAAAGACCCUUGGUCCGAACUCGUCCCUACCGCAAAUGGCAACGGUCAUUGCACUGGUAACGGCAUCUGCAAGGACAUGGAGAAAAUUAGAGAUCAUGUUGCCUAUCAGACGGCCGAUGCAACUACAACUGCUGCUUGA